AUUUUGACGGGUUAAUUUUCAGUCGCCAUCUUGUCUGAGUGUGUCUGGCUUCAGGCGCGCGCACUGAACCGACCCGGAAAACUCGAGACGAAUUAAUCCGACGUGCAGAUAUGGCCGCCAUCCGUAAGAAGCUGGUGAUCGUUGGUGAUGGUGCUUGUGGGAAGACUUGCCUCCUCAUCGUCUUUAGUAAAGAUCAGUUUCCAGAAGUUUACGUCCCCACUGUGUUUGAAAACUAUGUGGCUGACAUUGAAGUGGACAGUAAACAGGUUGAGUUGGCACUGUGGGACACGGCAGGUCAGGAGGAUUACGAUCGACUGCGGCCGCUGUCUUAUCCCGACACGGACGUCAUCCUAAUGUGCUUUUCCAUCGACAGUCCCGACAGUCUCGAGAACAUUCCAGAGAAAUGGACUCCAGAGGUCAAACAUUUCUGCCCCAACGUUCCCAUAAUCCUGGUGGGCAACAAGAAGGACCUUCGAAACGAUGAACACACGCGUCGCGAGCUCUUCAAGAUGAAGCAGGAGCCUGUCAAACCGGAGGAGGGCCGAGAUAUGGCCAACAGAAUCUGUGCCUUCGGAUACAUGGAAUGCUCCGCUAAAACGAAGGAUGGCGUCAGGGAGGUUUUCGAGAUGGCCACCAGGGCGGCGCUGCAGGCCAGAAGGGGCAAGAAGAGCAAUAAAUGCCUCCUGCUGUAAUGGACAGAAUGCCUGUGUUCACCUCCUUUAACAUCUGCUUCUAUUUUUAUUCUUUUAACUGAAUCAGUUCAGCUAGUGAUGAGAGUUUGUGUCAGUAUUUAAUGGUUCUGUUUAGACAUCAUUCAACAGCGAAAUGUGUCAAAGUCAUAGUGAUGCGCUGUGAGCCACACAUGCAAAUAUGCAACAAAGUUAAAAAAAAAGAUCAGGACCAACAUGCACGCACACACGGACAAGACUUGAAAUUCAUUUUUUGUCUUUCAGAAAGAAACAGAAUUUGGUAUGUUUGUGUAUUAAAAUCUUUAUAACAAUC